AUGGCCGACGACGAAGUCUCUGAUGCGGAUAAUAUCCGUAUUAGGGAUUUUGUAGUUCGAUUCCUCUACGAUUACAAUCUUUCACAGGGCGAAGGCAUUUCCGGUACUGCAAUACAACAGCCUUAUCUCGAUCAACUCGAUCGCGUCUUGGUAGAGAACCCGGCCUUGAUUAAGAAACAAAAAAAGACUUUCAAAAUUGUUGUAUCGCGAAUGCUGGAUGAGGGUACAACAUUAGAACUGCUUGAGAAUAAUGAGGGGAAGGGAGUCUUGCGACUAUACGAUUUUGUCAAGCCUCGAGACAUCAAUUUAUCGUCCACGAGGUCCAACAACGAAACCAACUCCGACGAAUAUGCCGUACAGCCUCUAGAGCCAAAUGUGAAAGUGGAGAAAUCGCAUAAGAGUGUUGAUCGAAAAUUGAGGGAAGGCAUUGAUCCAAAAGGAUUGGCGCCGAGAUUCAGAAAGCGAAGAAUAAUAGAGGUAGAAGAGAGCGAUGGUUCUGGGAAUGACACUCCUUCCAUAAGCCAUUCCAGGUUGGACAGCAGAAAUUCUAGUCCCCAGAGACUGGCACGACCCGCACUUGCGCCAUUGGAUGGAAAUCGAAGAAUUUCUGCUCCGGAGCAAUUUUACAGUCCAUCGGUUCAAUCUGAACCUUACCAGCAUAUGGAUUUUUCACCCCAUGCAGAACUAAAGGACGAAAAUCUGUCGUCCCUGCCAAUCUGGCUUCAGAGAGGUCUAAGUGAACUUCGUCAAAAAUAUCCGGAUUCUCGGUUUAAAGCAACAGAUCUCCACGAUAUUAAAUGCUUGGAUUGCGAUACCGAACACAAGGUCUCGAAAUACAAAAAGACGAAUAAUUUUGAGACUCAUUUGAAAUCAAAAACUCAUCUGGAAAAUGUCAAAUUUAGAGUUGAGAAUUCGGCUACGUCUCGACCUAUCUCCGCAAUGUCAAUAUACUCAGCCAUGCCACCACCGCCACUACCUGUGCAUGCUCCACCUGUGCCUCCUGUAGCAGGAGUGUCAGAAAACUCAAGUGCGAAUGGUGGACUCAUAGAAAGCAUGAUAGCAAACGCCAUACAGCAAAGUAUCGGUCCUUUGACUGCACAUAUACGAAAUCUGGAAAACCGAUUGCUAUCAUCGGAAAAUAUACACAAGCAUAGAUUUGAGGAGAUGGCUAGACAACUUGAUGAAUCAGAGACUCGUAACCGUGAGCUAUUCUCUCAAUUGGAAGAAUGCAAAUUAUCCACAGAAGAAUUGAGCGCUAGACUUCUUGCUGCGGAAGCUAGAUCUAAAGAACAAGUCGAAUUGUCUAGACGUCUAAAAUCAGUGGAACAGGUCAAUGAGUCGUUGCAAGCUUCGAGGAGUAGUCAUUCAGCCCAACUGAAAGAUGUCCAAGGCAGCAUAAAAGUUCUUAAGCAGGCACCAAUACCAAGCAUUGAAUCUGCCAUACAAGAUCAAGGCAGUCGACUCUUUAUUCUCGGUCGGCAGUAUGAAGGCACAGCACAUGACCUAUCACGUCAUUGUAAACUGGAAGAAGAAUUUCGCAGAAAGAUGCUAUCUCAGAUGGAAGAUGAACGUCAAAAACUUAACGAACGCGUCAACCUUUUGCAGACUGCAUUAGCUUCGAGAUAUGAAGAUAUUGAAGAACUCAAGAGCAGAGUUUCGCGUGGCCCCCAACAUGAUCAGAGCCAGUUCGAUGCUUUGAAAACGCAGAUUAGCUCGGACCUUGAUACUCAAGUAAGGCAAUUUUCCGGUAGGAUAAAGUCUAUUGAGAAAAAGAUUAGCCAAGAUUCUACAAAAUUCACGGCUUUGGAUCACAGAACUGCCGAGUGGAUUGAUACUACAGACAAGAAGCACGAUUCUAAGCUUGCAGAGCUAGAGACCUUGAUAGGUGAAAAUUUCGUCACUGUCAGAGCUGAUAUAACAAACCAUGUUGAAAAUCUAAAGAAACAACAGACAGAAAAGAAAGGCUCAGUAGAAGCAAUUCUUGAGGAAAGGCUAGCGGCCGCAGAGAGAACGAUUACGGCCAUGAAAAAUCAAUUGGCUGGAUGCGAGGUUCGACUUGAAGCUGGAGAAAAAUCUUUCGCACAUUUGAUAACGAAUGUUGGUCUCGACACCAACCGUACAGAAUUAUUGACGUCUGAGUGGAAAAGAUGGCAAUCAGAUCGCGAAGAAGAACUACGGAAUCUAGAUACCGAGGUUAUGAAAAAUUCUUCUGCCAUGGAGAAAUUACAGAUUGAGCAUACUGCAUUCUUAAACUCAACUCCGAAGAUCAUUCAAGAAAUGGAGAAGCGAUUAGAAGAGCAAGGCCAAAUCUCUAGCACUCAACUUCAAGAAAAGCUUGAAUUAUCCGAGGCAAAUUUGACACAAAAGAUUUGUUCGUUACAAGAAACUCAGGUAAAGCACCGCCAGUCUACGCUGGAACUUCACCACAAGCUGUCAGAUACAAUCAUGAAUAGGAUGGAUGAGAAUGUUCGAAGUUUGGAGAAAGCAUGUGAGGAUUUCACUCUGAAAUCCAGAGAGAAUCAGAAAGUCAAUGCAACUCUCAUGGAUCAAAAGAUGCAAAAUCGAUUAAAGAAUGAAGCUCAAAUUAACAAGGCAAUGACUGAAUCUCUGAUUCAGAAUUUUGUAUCCAAACGGGAUCGCGAAUUACAGGCUAAAUAUGAAGAGACAUUUAGGCCAAUGCUACUGAAGUAUCUGACAGAGAAGGAUGAGGCAUUAAGGAAGAAGUAUGAUGAGAACAUUGAAACAGCAUUUCAAGCACGCAUGCUAGCACGGGAAACCGAGCUCGAAAUCAAGUACGAGGAAAAAUUCAAGCCACUCAUUGAAAGUUUCUUGACAAAUCAUCAGAAGUUACUCAGAGAUGAGUAUGAAGCCCGCAUCGAAAAGUUAUUGAAUGGUGUCAAGGAUGAAAUCAUAUCAUCGGAUAAGGAGAACAGGAAUCCAAGUAUCAAAACAGAAGAAGAGCUCAAGUCCCUUGUUCUUAGUCUUACGGAAGAACGAGAAUCAGCUUUUUCAAAGAGACAUGGAGCGCAUAUCGAGGAACUGGUUGACACGCAUCGAAUUGAGAUGGUGUUACUUGAAGAACAGACUCUAGAGCGUCUAUUGACUUUGGAGCAGAUGAUUCAAGAUCAAGGACAGCAAAUUGAGGAUUUGGACUGUGUACUUCCUUUGGUAUUAUAUGAUGUAAAUGAGUUGAUGAAGAAACGGAGACUUCGAGAUCGUGGUUUGAGAAAAGAUCAUUUUCGAGUUGGUAAAAGUGGUAGAUGA